GCCAUAAAAAUUUCUGGACUGAUGCAAAAAGCACAUCUGGGUUUGGACCAACACCACGUGUCUGCUGCUGAACCGGGCCUCAGCUCCGAAAACAAACGCAGCUCAGGCUCAGGGCGACCGGACCGGACCGGACCGAACCGAACCGGACCGGGCCAAGCAGCCAGAACUGAACAUCUCAAACAGAAAAAAUAAAAAUUUCAGAAAUUAUGUUAAUGAGUUUGAAGCUCGGUUCUGAUUCUGUCCAGAAUCUGGUCCUUCUGCUCACAACGUUUCAGGAUCAGAGAGGAAGCAGAAAAUUCAGAAUUUAACCUUUGACCUCUUCAGUGUGGAACAGCUUUCAAUGAGGAGAAUCCAUCAAAAUCAGCCUCAUAAUAGUUCACAACACAAGUGAAGCUACUUAAAUUCUGUAGGAUCCAUUAAACAAAACUUGUUUGUAGUUCAUAACCAAUUCUAGUUCUUUGUGAUAUGCAAAUUUCAUCUGACAUUUUUAAGCUUUUAUAUCAUUCAUCCAAGACCCAGAUUUUAAAAUUUCAACAAAAGAGAAAUUUUUUUCACUGCACAGUUAACUCUGAUGCAAACGUUGUGCAGAGAAGACACGAUGCUGACCAGAUCCAGAGGUGGUGUCCAGUUCUCUGAGCUCAGAACCAUCUGGAUGGACCAUCAACCUCAGAACCUGGAUUAUGGAUGAAGACGCUGUGGCCAUUUUCCUCCAGACUGCAGAAAUCAGCUUCCAGACUGAGGAAGAGGAGGAAGAGGAAGGCCUGUCUGCUUCAGAUUCUGUUAGAGCUGCUUUGAUUUGUGACUGGAGGAACUGAUCCAAACUCAGGUCCAAGUCCAUCCUGGUUUUAUUGGAUCGGAGCAGGUUUGGUUAACCUGAUGCUGGUUUGGAAACAAACGUCAUUAAAUCAGAUUUUAUAGCAGCUUUCUGCAGAAACACUGGAGCUGCUUUAGGGAAACCAGACGGAUGACGAUCUGAACAUUACAGGGAAACACACACACACACACACACACACACACACACACACCUACACACACACACACACACACACACUGGGGGCUUCAACAACAGCAGCCCUUCAGUUUCUUUAUGUUCCGAGAGAAUUGGCCUAAAGCCCGGAUUCUGCUUCUCACUAAUUACGUGUCCAGGAGUUAAAUUGUAACAGUGACACAGAGACUACAGAACCAGAGCUGGAGGAAGCUAAAGUCUCCACUUCCUCUGAAAACUGUCAGAAUAAAAUGCAGCUAAAAAUGCUGCUAAAUAAACCAAAGAAAACCCAGACUGGAGAUAAACACACUCUAAUGGGAAUAUCAACAUGCUAAUAGGUCAACAUGCUAAUGAAAGCACAGAGAUUGAUGAUAGCAUUUAAGCUAACAUUAGUAUUUAGCUAAUAAAAGCUAAAUGGAGCAGUAAACAUGCUGGUGAUAGCUGUCAUGCUAACAUUAGCCUUAUUGUAAAAAUAAGAAUUUAGCUAUUUUUUAAUAUAAUAGCUAAGUUUAUCAUUCUGAAUGGAGGCAGUCAAUGUUAGCUAACAUGACAGUGAUAGCCCACAUGCUACUGAACAGUUCAGUUAAUUUUAGCUUAUAUGCUAAAGCUUUAGCAGGCCCCUUUUAAGUUUCUCUCCUAGCCAGUUAAAAUGCAAAACAUUUGAUCUCUUUCCAGUUGACUCAGCAGCAGGUUUUAAGUUGUACCAAACGUGUUCAGGGCACAACAGAUUUUGUAAUUUUCUAGUUCUUGGGCGCCAUGUGGCUUUCUGCCACCCUGGGCAACUGCCCAUAUGGCAUAUAUCAAAAACUGUCGCUGGUUCUGGUACAUUUAAAAACUCUGUUCCAAUAUGAACUUUAUUUUAUUUACUAAGUUAAAAUAAAUGAUUGAAAUGUAUUCAGAUAAAUUACAUCACUUUUAUUCAUACUGGUUGUUUCUUAGUGUAUUUUUUCUGUUUUGCUAAAUUUUCAUUUCCCUCUGUUAUUUUUGGAUUCCCCUUCAGAUUUUAUGAGCUUUUCUCUUCCUUGCAGCAGUUUUGCUCUUUUAUUUUGAAUCCUGUUCUCCCCUCUCUCUGCUGGUGACGCUGGGUCUCCAGGCGCCUCCUCCUCUUCAUCCUCCUCCUCCUCCCUCCAAACAUGGCGCCGGCUCGCUGCUGGGCUGCCUCCCCGACCGACGACGCAGAAAAGCAGAGAAAGAAGCGCAGAAGCAGCGGGUAGAAACUUCCCUUUAACGUUUUUAGAACCUGUUUUUAACUUUCUCCGGCGGCGCUCCGGCUGUUUGGAGAGAUCCACGCCAGACUUUUACGCACAGCCUGCUUGUUUGGAAACGUUUGCGCGUCAGGCUGUGUGCGUAACGGGGAUCUCACCUGUCCGACGAAGGUAGAUUUCACUCCGCUUGUUGUAGGAUGUGAAUCUCCCUGAUUUCCCCUGGUUGCGGAGCGCAGAGACGGACAUCUGCGGGGAAAACAUGCGCAGCCCUGUAAGGAGCAGCACCGCAGGCGCAGCUGAGGACUGAGACUUUCCACGGAGGAAAAACAAGUUUUCCACUCUUCAGGAUGGAUGGAGAACAUUCUGCUCUGUCAGGAGUUGAGAGGGAAAGAGAGAGGCUUCCACCCAUCUACACCAGCUCUCCUCCUGUUUUGGGACGAGGACCCAAGCAGCCGUUUCCAUCUCUGGGAACCUUCAUCUCCACGCUCAGCCAGAGGAGAGACGCAGGAGGGCGGGGCUUCGCCAUCGGCAUCGGGGGCCCGCUGACCGGCCCGCUGGGGAUCAGGCACACCGUCAGGGAGCUGCCUCCCAUCUGCAGCAACGUCCGGCAGAAGCAGCGGCUCUCCAUCGACACGCUGCCUCAGGAAGUCAAAGCUCCGUUCCCCUGCGACCCCGUCAUCCCCCUCCGGACCAAAACCACCAAGGAGUUCCAGGAGGACGUGGAGCGAGCCGCCCAAUCAGGUGACUGGAGGGAAGUCAGAGAGUUUUACCUGACGACCUUCGACUCCUUCGUAGAAAUCAACGCCGCCUUCAAGCGGGAGGCCAACGGAUUGUUCAACACUAUCGAGGACUCAGGAGUCAACGGCAAGUUCGUCAGCGCGGUUUACGACUCGCUGCUCAGCACACCUCAGGACAUCCAGAAGUUGGUCUUGAAAGGAAUCAUCAACAGCCUGCUGAGAGAGUGGAAAGGGCCUCGGACAAAAGACGACCUGCGGGCGUAUUUCGUUCUGAUCCAGGUGAGACUCAAACACAUCAGCUUGUUUCUGACAGGCAGGUUAAACGUCCAGCAUGACGGAGCCGAUCAGAGAGAAACUGCUGAGUCAUGGGGAACCAGAGACUCACGUUGCUAUGGUGAUUCCCGCCUUUUCUUGGGAGCUGUGCAUUUUUUGUCAGAAUAUGUAGAAAGUUUUCUAACAUCUGUAAUGGAAACACAUCGAGUGUCUGAAAGUCGACAGAAAUACGGACGCAGUGAAACUGUGACAGAAACUUUAAACAUCAGAGUUCAGGUUCAGAGUCAUUGUCACAAUCUGAGCUGCAUAGUAUGAGGCAAAUAUUACAAUAAUAUCGCAAAUUCAAACUGUGAAUGUUCAAAAUGCUAAUCCAGUCGGAUGAAGUCCGACUUUAAGCUUUCGAUGUUUCUGCUGGAAGGUCUGGCUGAGCUGUUCUCGUUAAAAUCUUUGACGGUUUGAAGGU